UGCUAUCCUUUUCAGACUUGUUUCUUAUAUGUGAUGCCAUUCCAGCACUGGACUCAUGGAGGCUGAACAUUUAUUCAGGAGUCCAUAGAGGCUGCUGUAUCCUACUGAAGAUGUCUAACAGCAACACUACUCAGGAGACCCUGGAAAUAAUGAAAGAAUCGGAAAAAAAACUGGUGGAAGAAUCUGUAAACAAAAGCAAGUUUAUAUCAAAGGCUCCAAGUAAGGAAGACAUUGAGAGAGAUGGUGAAGAGACCAGCUUGCGCCAGGAAACACAGGAUUAUGAGUUUCUUUUUGACAAGAGGCGGACAUCCAACCAUGGUCACGCCAGGAAACGAGCCAAGUCUAAUUCCAAGCUGAAGUUGGUGCGCAGCCUGGCAGUGUGUGAGGAGUCCUCCGCCCCAUUUACUGAUGGGCCACUGGAGACCCAGGAUAUAAUUCAGUUGCAUAUCAGUUGCCCCUCUGACAAAGAGGAGGAAAAGUCUACAAAGGAUGUCUCUGAAAAGGAAGACAAGGACAAAAAUAAAGAAAAGAUCCCAAGGAAGAUGCUGUCCAGAGACUCCAGCCAAGAGUAUACGGACUCCACUGGAAUAGACUUACAUGAAUUUCUUGUAAAUACACUGAAAAAGAACCCAAGGGACAGAAUGAUGCUGCUAAAAUUAGAACAGGAGAUUCUGGACUUUAUUAAUGACAACAAUAACCAGUUCAAGAAGUUUCCCCAGAUGACCUCCUAUCACCGGAUGCUAUUACACCGGGUAGCUGCCUACUUUGGGAUGGACCACAAUGUUGAUCAAACUGGGAAAGCUGUCAUCAUCAACAAAACCAGUAACACAAGAAUUCCUGAACAGAGGUUUUCAGAACAUAUAAAGGAUGAGAAGAACGCAGAAUUUCAACAGAGGUUCAUUCUCAAGAGAGAUGACGCCAGUAUGGACCGAGAUGAUAACCAGAUCAGAGUUCCAUUGCAGGAUGGAAGGAGGAGCAAGUCAAUAGAAGAGAGAGAGGAGGAAUAUCAAAGGGUCCGAGAGAGAAUAUUUGCCCGAGAGACUGGCCAGAACGGAUAUCUAAAUGACAUCAGACUCUCCAAAGAAGCCUUUUCUUCUAGUUCUCACAAGAGAAGGCAGAUUUUUAGGGGGAACCGAGAGGGGCUGAGCCAUACCUCAAGCAGCCGCCAGAGCAGCACAGACAGCGAACUCAAAUCCCUGGAGCCCCGACCCUGGAGCAGCACAGACUCAGAUGGCUCUGUCCGGAGCAUGCGGCCACCUGUCACCAAAGCCAGCAGCUUCAGUGGAAUCUCCAUCCUCACUCGCGGCGACAGCAUCGGGAGUAGUAAAGGUGGCAGUGCAGGAAGGCUCUCCAGGCCAGGUAUGGCGCUCGGUGCCCCAGAAGUGUGCAACCAGGUCACCUCCUCCCAGUCUAUCCGGGGCCUUCUCCCCUGUGCUGCCCACCCGCAGCAGCCGCUUCCUGCCCUUCCACCCACGCCGCAGCAACAACCGCCCUUGAAUAAUCACAUGCUCUCACAGCCAGUCCCAGCUCUGCAGCCCUCUCCGCAGCCUGUUCAGUUCUCUCCAAGCUCCUGUCCCCAAGUCCUUCUGCCAGUCUCUCCGCCCCAGCAGUACAACAUGGCAGAUGACCUCAGCAAUCCCUUUGGACAAAUGAGCCUUAGCCGCCAAGGUUCUACCGAAGCAGCUGACCCAUCUUCAGCUCUGUUCCAGCCUCCACUGAUAUCCCAGCACCCUCAGCAGACUAGCUUCAUCAUGGCUUCCACGGGACAGCCACUCUCCACUUCCAACUAUUCCACCUCUAGCCAUGCACCACCUACUCAGCAAGUCCUGCCACCCCAGGGUUACAUGCAACCCCCUCAACAGAUCCAGGUUUCUUACUAUUCCCCUGGACAGUAUCCUAACUCCAACCAGCAAUACCGACCUCUUUCUCACUCGGUGGCCUACAGCCCCCAGCGUGGUCAACAGCUGCCUCAGCCAUCCCAGCAGCCUGGUUUACAGCCUAUGAUGCCUAGCCAGCAACAGGCAACUUACCAAGGCAUGAUUGGGGUCCAGCAGCCUCAGAAUCAGAGCCUGCUCAGCAACCAGAGGAGCACCAUGGGAGGCCAAAUGCAAGGCCUGGUGGUUCAGUACACUCCACUGCCUUCUUACCAAGUCCCAGUGGCUAAUGACUCGCAAAACGUGGUCCAGCAGCCUUUCCAGCAACCCAUGCUGGUCCCAGUGAGCCAGUCUGUGCAAGGGGGCCUGCCAGCAGGGGGCGUGCCAGUGUACUACAGCAUGAUCCCGCCCGCUCAGCAGAACGGUACGAGCCCUUCUGUGGGGUUUCUACAGCCUCCCGGUUCUGAGCAGUACCAGAUGCCUCAGUCGCCCUCUCCCUGCAGUCCACCUCAAAUGCCACAGCAGUACUCAGGAGUGUCACCUUCUGGACCAGGUGUGGUGGUCAUGCAGCUGAAUGUCCCUAAUGGACCCCAAGCUCCCCAGAACCCAUCCAUGGUCCAGUGGAGUCACUGUAAAUAUUACAGUGUGGACCAGCGGGGGCAGAAGCCUGGAGACCUGUACAAUCCUGAAAGUAGCCCCCAGGCCAACACGCAGAUGAGCAGCAGCCCUGUCCCGUCUCCUACCCAGUCCCCAGCACCCCCUCCUGUCACCAGCCUCAGCAGCGUCUGCCCAGGACUCAGUCCUCUGCCCGUCCUCCCACAGUUCCCCCGGCCGGGGGGUGCGGCCCAGGGGGACAGCCGCUACUCCCUAUUGGGCCAGCCAUUGCAGUACAAUCUGUCCAUCUGCCCACCCUUGCUCCAUGGUCAGUCAGCAUACACAAUGCAUCAGGCACAGAGUGGACUGAAGCAUGGAAACCGAGCCAAAAGACAAGCACUCAAGUCUGCCUCCACUGACCUGGGGACUGCAGAUGUGGUCCUGGGGCGGGUGCUGGAGGUGACGGAUCUCCCUGAGGGCAUCACGCGGACGGAGGCCGACAAGCUCUUCUCUCAGCUUGCCCUGUCCGGCGCCAAGAUCCAGUGGCUCAAGGAUGCACAGGGGCUGCCCGGCGGGGGCGGGGGGGACCGCGGGGGCACUGCCGAGAACGGCCGCCACGCAGACCUCGCUGCCCUGUACACCAUCGUGGCUGUGUUCCCCAGCCCCCUGGCCGCCCAGAACGCCUCCCUUCGCCUCAACAACUCCGUGAGUCGCUUCAGACUUCGAGUGGCCAGAAAGAACUAUGACCUGAGGGUCCUGGAGCGAGCCAGCUCCCAGUGAGCGGAGAUGGGAAGGAGCAGCACAGGACCCAGACCGACCGGGGCCCAGGCAGGAAGUAGGGAGACCACGCCAAACCGGAGCCUAAGACCGUGUGGACGACGAUGGGAACAGACCAGCGCGACGGCCGCCUCGAUGCCGCUGUGGCCCUGGCCAGCUCCUCUCGCCUCCCUCUCCUUCCCAUCCUCUUCUGUCAUUUUGUAUCUCUUCUCCCACCAUCAAAUUACGUUUCUUUCUCCCUUUUUUUGGCCAGGUAGAAUUAGGAGGGUCCCAUACUCCCUAUUCUCCUAUUUCCUUAUCAUCCCAAGCUCCCUUUUCUUUUCUGGUCUUUAUGAAUAUAUUUAUAUGGACAGAA